CCGGCCGCUCUCGGCGUGCGUGUGAGGUCGCCCGUACUCGCCGUGCAGUCUGCGGGCAGAAAAAUUCGGCCCCCGGUUCAUGCCCUUCGUGUGUAGCUCUGUCUGACUACUGUAGAAGUGCUAUGCGGGACCUGUUCAGUGACUCUCAGUGAUCCUCCGGGUGUUGGGGUACCUCACGUACUGACAGUGAUGGCCUGCGUUGUGGGUUGUGCCACCGUGGCCGGCAUCGUCUGGUUGGUGUUCGCCGGACCCGCUGCACGUCCCGCUGACGGGUCGCAGUCGGCUGGGGGCGGCAGCGGGGGCGGCGGAGGCGGCAACCAGCUGGGAGUGGUGGCAGCUGGCGGGCCCUCAGGACCCUACUUCGAUCUGUCGGGCUCGCGGAACGUGACCGCCCUGCUCGGCAAGACAGCAUACCUCAACUGCAGGGUCAAGAACCUCGGCAACAAAACUGUGUCGUGGGUGCGGCACAGGGACGUGCACCUGCUGACGGUGGGCAGGUACACGUACACCAACGACCAGCGGUUCCGCGCCAUCAACCAGCCGCUGAGCAACGACUGGACGCUGCAGCUCAAGUACCCGCAGCACCGCGACGCCGGCGUCUACGAGUGCCAGGUGUCCACCACGCCGCACAUGAGCCACUUCGUGCACCUCAACGUCGUCGAACCGACGACGGAGAUCGUUGGCGGUCCAGACCUGUACAUAGACCGUGGCAGUACCAUCAACCUGACGUGCAUCGUCCUGUACAGCCCGGAACCCCCAGCAUACAUCUACUGGAGCCACAACGACAACAUCAUCAGCUACGACAGCCCGCGGGGCGGCGUGUCGGUGAUCACGGAGAAGGGCCCCACCACGACCAGCUUCCUGCUCAUCAAGCAGGCCCGGCCCUCAGACUCGGGCCGCUACCAGUGCAACCCUUCCAACGCGCAGCCGCGCCAGGUCAACGUGCACGUGCUGCAUGGGGAGCUGCCAGCGGCGAUGCAGCACGGCGGGCAGGUUCACCACUCGCCGGCGGCGCACGCGCUGUCGCUGGCGGGCUGCCUGUGCCUGCUGCUGGUGCUCGCCCCAUGACCCCGCACCUCCUAGGUCUGGUCGGCCAGUGGCUAGCGGCGUAGCGACGCCCCGCACCCUCCACUUCCACGCUGCCAGAGCGACUCGUCUGCGGCUGCCGUCGGCUACACGAGCGCAGCUCUGCAGGCUGUCCGGGACCGCGGCUACGCACCCUGCUUGCCAGCGGUGACGAGUGGAUCCUGGUUGUUGCUACCUGCGACCGUUCUGUUUACUGGAUCUCUUGGGACCGAGAACUACGUGUCAGUGUUUACCAUUUGUUGUACAAAUCUUUAUAGACUAACUCAUCCAAAUAGGGAAAAAGAAGGGAAAAAAAAGAAUCUCUGCAGAUAACUUGGAAUGUGCGUGCAGCUAAGAGCACAAGUGUCUGUCACAGUUUCUGAGGAAAAGAGUGCUGUAUGAAACUACGUGUGAUCCCACCAAUCUAUUAUAUGAACUGCUAAUACUCGUAGCGCUGAUGUUCACACUCACGUAUUCCCCCAGCGUCCCACGUGACUGCAGACAUUACCAAUCGAGCGAACAUUAACAGCCGUUAUUUUGAAACUGACGUUCAGAAGACAUGCUGUGAUAUACUCGAUGACAAGGACACAGAAUAAUAACGAACUCGCCAGGUAGCGUACGUGGACUGAUGAAAUGCUCACACAUACAAACGACCUUCUGCAGUCUAUGGACAAUUACAAGUUGAAGGAUGCACUAUACUGCUUACUUCAAUCACUAGCCUGAGAGAACAGUGAAGGCCAGUCGUGCUAUUGUCGUUGUUACAUUUCGAGAAAUAUAUACAAAUAUUUUAAAACGUUUAUCAUUCGAUUUUAACAUUGUUUAUAUGACAUGGCCUUUCAGAGGGUCACUUGUUAACAGGUGCUAGUCCACGUGUACUACAUACCGCAUUUCACCAGUCUUCUUGCGCUACUCAUUGGCGUAAUAAGUGUGCAGUCGCUUGAAGCCAAGAUCGUUUGUCUGUCUGUUUACCUGUUUGUU